AUGGCACUUAGGCACUUCCGUAUACUAAAAAUAGUUUUCCUGAAGCAUGAACAAAAACAUCGUCGUCUGCAUAGUAUACAACUUGAAACAUUUGCUGAAGAUUGUGCUUUUGGAAAGGAUACAGGAAAUACUUUGUUUUUGGCAAUCUACCAGACUCCUCAGUCUUUUAUUGGUUGGCUAUCUGCAAAUUCAGACUCCUACAACAGUGGCAUGACGCUAAACUAUAAAGAGGUUUAUGCAUCUCAGACCCACUACUGGACCUCAGUAGCCUCGGAUUACCACACAGGAAAUGUUACUUUCCACGAUAAAGAUAAUCACGUGAUUUUAUUAAGUGAUGCUUUUGGAACUCUUGGUGGCGAUGCUCAUAGCAUUUCAGGUCCUACCUCUGGUAGAGUGGAGGCUAUAACAAUUGACUGGUUGUCUCAAAAUGUGUACUGGGUGGACGAAGGUUAUAACUGGAUCAAAGUGACAACUUAUUUCAACGGAGGACCCGACAUUACUAUUGUUGAUACAGGCCUCGAAAGGCCGUCGGGAAUAGCUUGUCAUCCUAUAAAAGGGUAUCUGUUUUGGACUGAAUUGGGGAAUAAAAAUCCCCCAAAAAUUGAAAGAUCAUCAAUGUCAGGCGCAAAUCGAACAACUAUAGUUACAGGGCUGAGCGAGCCGAGAUCCAUAGCAGUUGAUAUCACUACCAACAGAAUAUACUGGACUGACAACCGUGCGGCUGACAUUAAAAUUGAAUCAUCUGAUCUCAAUGGUAAUAAUAGGCGAACGGAAGUGUCACAACCAACAUCUGGCGGUGUAUUUGACAGUAUUUCUGUCGAUGAAGAUAACAUAUUUGUGAGCGUUGUUAACCCUACGAUGAAACAUAUUAUUCGUUACUACAGCAAGUCCAAUCCUAGUAGAGUAGUGUUCCAACAUAUCUUGAGUAACGAAAUUCGUGUUUUAGAUGUAUGCGUCAACGGUCCCAACAUCCAACCAAAGCCAAAAGCGUUACCGUGUGAUGUACAUACAUGUAGCCUUUGUGUAUCAGCCGACAACGGAAAACACGAAUGUAUCUGUAAAGAUAACUAUGUUUUAUUUCCAAAUGGAACAUGCAGUAUUGAUUCAACAAUCUGGUACCCACCGCGCUGCAUAAUAGGUAGCACGGACGCCAUUUCAAUGUUUUACCCGAAUGUAAUUCAUAGCUCUUUGGAUGAUAAACAACAAUAUAUUAAGCGCUUCUUACGUAAAACUAAAAAAAUAAUUACAGCUGUGACAGUUGACAUAUACAGUAAUUUGUUGUUUUUCGCGGAAGAUACGACAAAAUCAAUAAAUGUUAUAAGAAUUAAAGAAGGCGUAUAUCCGAGAACGAUUCACACUUACACUGGCGGUCGGGUUGAUGGUAUGGCUGUUGACUGGAUUUCGCUUAACGUUUACUGGGUUGAUUAUCUAAAAAAUCUUCUGAUGUUUUCAUCCUAUGACGGAAUAUCUCCAUCAACAAUGUUUUUUAACGUCAUUAGGCCAAGGGCUAUAGCAGUAGACCCAAAUGCAAGAUUGAUAUUUUGGACUGAGAAGACAUCACCGACAAAACUUGUGAGCUGCAAUCUGGGUGGUACAAAUCGUCAUGAUCUUAUAAACACAAACCUGCUGGAUCCAUCAGGGAUAACUCUUGAUCACGCCCAAAGAAGGAUUUAUAUUGUUGGUGAAGAUAGAAAUCUUAUAUAUACUAUUGACUAUGAUGGUAUCGAAAAUAUUGGCAUUAUUGGCUCAAGUACCAGUCCUGCUAAAGACAUCACUCUUUUUCAGGACUUUAUAAUAUUAGCUGGAUCGUACGGGCGACAGUCGGGAUUCAUUGAAGCAAUACACAAGGUCUCUGGCAUUCAUGAAGGUCUUAUAAAUGUGAAUGCUACAGUCUAUGCCAUUGAAACCUUUGAUGAAUCAGCUCAACCUAUAGCUACACAGACUGCAACACCAAAAAUGACCACUACGUCACCUUUGAACUCAACAAGCCAUGUGCAAACCACAGGAAGUAAAUCUACUCUUAUCGUCAGUGGUGCUGUCGGGGCUCUUGCUUUAAGUAUUGUCGUCCUGGUCGUCAUCAUUAUCUUGCUGAGUAAAAAGCAAAAGAGGAGGCUACAACAAUCUGGAGAUACACAUGGCCUUACCAACAACGACAACCGAAAUGCAAAACAUUUACUUCGAGUCAGUAGGCAGGGCGAUACUAUCUAUGCUGUACCUAAUAAUAUUGACGAACCGAAAUACGAAUCGUCUAUUGGAGCUUAUGGAGUAAAUCAUCCCAUCGGAGGGAGCCCAUACAUUGCCACUAAGCUGGACCAUCAAUAUGACACUCCGAAUACUGUUGCUUUGUAUUCAAAAUCCGAACCAGUGCCUCACGUCGCCCUCUGUACUUCGUCCGUGCUACAUGACUACCUUUGUACACAAUACACUCCUGAAGACUCAAACGGAUAUCUUGUGAUGCGUGAGAGUUUGGCUAAUUAGUCGGCUGUUCCUUCAAGCGUUUUCUAGUGAGCUCCUCAAACUAGAAAUUGACUCGUUUACGACUUGGGCCUAUUGUCUGACAUUAAAACGCUUUGGAUGUAGCGCCGGCGGUUUAUAACUGGCCAUAGAACAGUAGCGUAUCCAGGCUGGCGGUGCAUUAGCAUCCUCCUUCAUAGGUUGAAAAAAAUCUAAAUGUCUAUUUUUGAAUUUUUACAAAUAUUUUUAGUAUUAAUGUACCAUUUCCGGUAUCUAGAAAUCCCCAAUUCUAAUUAUUUUCCCACCUCAUCC